CUGACACAGCCGAGUGAGAUGUCACAGCCCCUGCGGACGAGCUGCGCUGAGACCCUCGGGUGAGGCACGCCACGGGCUGAGGAGAGAACCGAAAGAGACGGAUUAAGAAGUUCAUUGCAGAAGAGUAUUUGACCAGAACAAGAGGAUCAUGAUGACAACAAGAUUCACCUGCUUAAUGCUAAUAGCUGUUGUGGGAGCUACAGCGAGCGAGACACAGGAACUGGAAGGCAAUGAUGAGGAAACAGAACAGGAAUUCAUUUAUAUGAACAGAUAUAAGCGUUCCAGUGACACACAGGAUAAAUGCACUUACACCUUUAUUGUACCUCAACAGAGAGUGACGGGUGCUAUUUGUGUCAACUCUAAGGAGCCUGAAGUUCUACUUGAAAACAGGGUAAAUAAACAAGAAUUACAGUUACUUAACAAUGAACUUAUCAAACAAAAGAGACAAAUAGAAACUCUCCAGCAACUGGUGGAGGUGGAUGGUGGGAUUGUUAAUGAGGUCAAACUCUUGAGAAAAGAGAGUAGAAACAUGAAUUCUCGUGUCACACAACUCUACAUGCAGUUACUGCAUGAAAUUAUACGAAAACGUGACAAUGCCUUAGAACUUUCUCAACUUGAGAAUAAGAUCUUGAACCAAACUGCAGAUAUGCUACAACUUGCAAACAAAUACAAAGACUUAGAGCACAAGUACCAACAUUUGAUGUCGAUUGCCAAUAAUCAGUCAGUAAUAAUUGCCCAACUGGAAGAACACUGUCAGAAAAUGCCGUCCGUAAAGCCACUGCCACAAACUCCGCAGCCACCAAACAAAGUGUACCAGCCUCCUACUUACAAUCGCAUUAUCAACCAGAUAUCUACUAAUGAGAUUCAGAGUGAUCAGAACUUAAAGGUCCUGCCACCUACCUUACCAACUAUGCCUGCAGUUACUAGCAUUCCAACUUCAACUGAUAAACCAUCUGGGCCCUGGAGAGACUGUCUGCAAGCAUUAGAAGAUGGCCACGAUACAAGCUCCAUCUACCUUGUAAAGCCAGAAAACACAAACCAGCUUAUGCAGGUCUGGUGUGAUCAACGGCAUGACCCUGGUGGCUGGACAGUCAUUCAGAGACGCCUGGAUGGGUCUGUCAACUUUUUCAGGAACUGGGAGACAUACAAGCAAGGAUUUGGUAAUAUAGAUGGAGAAUACUGGCUAGGACUAGAAAAUAUUUAUUGGUUAACAAAUCAAGGCAACUACAAACUGCUCAUAACAAUGGAAGACUGGUCAGGUCGAAAAGUAUUUGCUGAGUAUGCCAGCUUCAGACUGGAGCCAGAAAGUGAAUACUACAAGUUGAGAUUGGGACGCUACAAUGGCAAUGCAGGAGAUUCCUUUACUUGGCACAAUGGCAAACAGUUCACCACGCUGGACCGGGAUCACGAUGUAUACACAGGUAAUUGUGCUCACUACCAGAAAGGAGGAUGGUGGUACAAUGCAUGUGCUCAUUCAAAUCUCAACGGAGUCUGGUAUCGUGGAGGACACUACCGCAGUCGGUAUCAGGAUGGUGUUUAUUGGGCUGAAUUCCGGGGGGGGUCAUAUUCACUAAAGAAAGUUGUUAUGAUGAUAAGACCUAACCCUAACACUUUCCACUGAAAUAAUUCUUCUCUUGGUUUGCUUUCUUGUUCUAAAAAUCACAUAAAGCUAUGAUGUUAUUACCUGAAAUUAUCUUUUCAGAAGUGAGGAAUGUAAGAUAUUGUACAUUUAUUGCUAAGAUAUGAGGGUUUGUAUAUUGUAUUUUCAAGAAUCACUCCAGGAAAAAAACAGCUGAAGAAAAAAAAGGAACUGAAAUGAUGUAACAUUCUGAACACCUCUCGGUACUAAAUGUAGUUACAUUCAGCCUUUUAGAACUGGCAGUUUAGACGGACUGUAGAUAAACUAUCUGGUGUUUAUUCCCUGUAAAUUAAGUUUGGAUGGUAAAAAUACUGCCACAACAUUUAAAUAUUUUUGUAUGUUAUAUUAUGUAUAAAUAUUCUCAAAUACAGAACUGUACAGCAAGAGUUUUAUUAUUAUUAUGAGAAAUCAUUUGACACAGGAAAUCAUAUCCUUUGAACUGUGUAGCUGGUAUAUGUACAUUAGUGUGAUUAUUCUGAUUUAAUCUUUGUUAACUGCCGUGAAUAAAGUUAGUACUAUAUAAUUUGACUUGGAGAGCAGACUGUAACAAAUCCAGUCUUUCCCUUCAAUUUGAGCAUUUUAAUAAUCUGCUCCUAUAAAUCAGAAUUCACAUUUGAAUCAGAUAUUUUAGAUUAAAAACACUAAUGAUGUGUCUUACCAAAAUGAAGUUGCUACUUGCAUAUGGAAAUAAACCCAGAUUUACAACAGAUAGAAGGUGCUAUAUAGCCAAUGUGUUAUAUUACACAACAACUGUCACAGGGUUUUGUACCUGACUUCAGUCAUUACCUGCUGUGUAGCCUCUGUAAUCAGAAAUGGCUGGAUAUAAAAAUUAAAGGGACUAUCCAACUUUGCAGGCAAAUGAUGGAUACCAAUAUAUAAGCUAUUUAAUAUCCUUAGCCAGUAGCUGAAAAUUAUAUAAAGAAGUUACCUGUAGCCAAGAGAAGUUAUAUUUAUCAUAUUUCACAACUAUAUUACUGUCAAAUUAUUAGAGAUUUACUCAUCUAUGUAGUGGUCAGUCACAACUAUCAAAUACGGACAGGGAUGAUUUUAAUGCUGUUCUGAGGUAGGUUUCUAGAGCAGAUUGCUGUAACACACUACUACAAAAACCAGAAAUUAAAGACUGCAUAUGAGAGGGAGAGCAAAAGCCCUUGGAAGUUCAAUGUAUUUUCCAGUAAACCUGUCAGAUACUGUGCAUUUGUGUGCAUGUGCUUGCACACUUUUUCCACUUAUUACCUCACCACAUCUUUCCAACAGUAUGAUGUACAUUAAACUGAUGUGUGAUGUAGCAUGUGUUGUAUAUAACUGAAAGUAGGGUUUUUAAUAUAUGACCCCUGUAAUACUGUAACCCUUUAAUAAAGCAACAAAUGUUAUUUUGA